CAGCGAGAACACCGGAAAUAUUGCUUCCUCCAUGUUGGAUAGCAUCCUCGUGGUUGUGUAUCCUGUUUCCUAUGGAAAUAGCUGUUUAUAAAGCAAACACAGAUCCCUAGAGCAAAAUGCCCACUAACAAUCCACUACCUCCCAAAGAAAAUGCCCUCUUUAAAAGAAUAUUGAAAUGUUAUGAACAGAAGCAGUACAAAAAUGGGUUGAAGUUUGCCAAACAGAUUUUAGGCAAUGCUAAAUUUGCUGAACAUGGAGAAACUUUGGCUAUGAAAGGUCUGACUUUAAAUUGCCUUGGGAGGAAAGAAGAAGCUUUAGACCAUGUAAAGAGAGGUUUACGUAAUGAUCUACGAAGUCACGUCUGUUGGCAUGUUUAUGGACUUUUACAAAGAUCUGAGAGAAAAUAUGAUGAAGCUAUAAAGGCCUACAGAAAUGCUUUAAAGUGGGAUAAGGAUAAUCUACAAAUCUUGAGGGACUUGUCUUUACUACAGAUACAAAUGAGAGACCUUGAAGGUUAUCGAGAAACUCGGUACCAGCUUUUAGUUUUACGUCCUGGACAAAGAGCUUCGUGGAUUGGUUACGCCAUGUCUUAUCAUUUGCUGAAGGAUUUUGAUAUGGCACUAAGUAUUCUAGAAGAAUUCCGAAAGACACAGAUGCCUAAAGCUGGAGAUUAUGAGCACAGUGAAUUACUCAUGUAUCAAAAUAUGGUAAUUAGGGAGGCAGGCAUGACCGAGGAGGCUCUGUAUCAUUUAGAUAGAUAUGAAAGUCAAAUUGUAGACAAACUAUCAUUACUGGAGAUAAGGGCUGAACUGCUAAUGAAACUUGGUAGAUCAGAAAAAGUAGGAGAUAUUUAUAAAGACCUGAUAACCAGAAAUCCUGAGAACUGGGCAUACUACAAAGGGUUAGAAGAUUCUAUCAAACCAGAGACAGAAGAAGAAACAUUAAAAUUGUACACAGAUGUAGAAGAAAAGUUCCCACGUGCAUCAGCCCCCAGGAGAAUACCUCUGUCAUUUACAACAGGGGAUAAUUUCAAAGGACUGAUGGAUGCAUAUUUUAGGAGAGCUUUUCAUAAGGGUGUACCACCUUUAUUUGUAACUGUAAAGAAAUUAUAUUCUGAUCCGUUGAAGAUUCGAACCGUAGAAGAUUUAGUUCUAGGGUAUGCUGAAAAUUUAAAAACUCAUGAAAAGUUUGCAUUGUCUGAUGAAGGUGAAUUAGAGUCUCCGACAACAUUAUUGUGGGUGUAUUUUUUCCUGGCGUGUCAUUAUGAUUUCAUGGGUGAUACACUUAAAUCUGUAGAGUAUAUAGAUCUCGCCUUACAACAUACACCACUUCUUAUAGAGUUAUAUGUACUCAAAGCCAAAAUAUUUAAACAUGCUGGUGAUAUAGAGGAGGCUGUCCGGUUGAUGGACGAAGCUCAGUCAUUAGAUACAGCUGACAGAUAUAUAAAUUCCAAAUGUGCCAAGUAUAUGUUGAGAGGCAAUUUAAUAGCAGAGUCUGCUGAAAUGUGUUCAAAAUUUACAAGGGAAGGUGUAUCAGCAGUAGAUAAUCUGAACGAAAUGCAGUGCAUGUGGUUUCAGAUAGAAAGUGCUGCAGCAUACCAGAGAAUGGGAAAAUGGGGAGAUGCACUUAAAAAGUGUCACGAAAUAGAUAGGCAUUUUACAGAAAUAAUAGAGGAUCAGUUUGACUUCCAUACGUACUGUAUGAGGAAGAUGACUCUCCGAGCUUAUGUUGGAUUAUUACGAUUAGAGGAUGUAUUACAACACCACCAAUUCUAUUUUAAAGCAGCUAAAAUUGCUAUAGAGAUUUAUUUACAUUUACAUGACCACCCUCUCUCGGACAGUGAUCUGGAUAGUGCUCUUGAUGCAGAAAAUUUGUCUCCUAGUGAAUUAAGAAAGUUGAAAAAUAAGCAACGGAAAGCGAAGAAAAGAGCACAAGCUCAGGAAAAACAGAAGGCUGAACAAGAUAAAAAAGAAACUCAGAAUAAAAAAGCUCAGGAUGGUGAAUUAGACGGUCCGAAAGAAGAGGAAUUAGUACCAGAUAAAUUAAGCAGGCCUGAAGACCCAUUAGAGCAAUCAUUGAAAUUCCUGAAACCUUUACAGAUGCAUGCAGCACAUAGAAUACACACACACAUAGUAGCUUAUGAAAUUUAUUCUAGGAAAGGAAAAAUAUUAUUAAUGUUACAGUCAUUAAAGAGAGGAUGUCAAGUAGAAAGAAAUAAUCCACAAUUACAUGUUUGUUUGUUACGAUUUUUAUUGUUAAUAAAACAGAAAACAGAUUUACCAGAACCUAUUAGUAAACUUCUGCACAGAGAAAUGGAGAUAUUUUACAAUCACAAAGACCCUUUAACACUUAAUACAGAAUACCUAGAACAAAAUAAUAAUUCCAUAUUGCAUAGAUUAGCAGGGGCCAGAAUGAUGUAUGAACUUUCACCCACGCCAGAGAAACAAGAUGAAGCAUUAAAAAUUGCCACAAGUCUUUCACCGAAGUUGCAAGGAAUAAUUCUUAAUAAUUGUAUAGAAGUGCUUGAAGCAAUGUGUCGAGGUGAUUUUGGAAAAUGUGAGACGACGGCACAGAAAUACCAAGCUGACUGUCAUAAACUUUUCCCCUAUUCUCCAUCAUUUAUCAUCCCUGCCAGCAAUCAACCAGACCAAGUCAAUGGAAAUGCAUCGUGAGAGAGAGAGAGAAAACAUCAAGUGUCAUUUAUUUAUCCUGUGAUAGUGCUUUAAAACAAACUUUGAAUUUUAGAAAAAGAGAAAAGUGAGAAUCAAAAUGAAUUUUCCAAAUGUAGUAAAUCCAAGAGACUUAAAUUCAAAGUUAAUGGCAUAAAAUGCAUUGGAACAAAUAGUUGAAGAAAGAGAUACUUGAUAUGCAUGGACUAUUGUGUGUGUGUGUGUGAAGCUUGGAACCUAUCUGUUGACAUUUAUAAUUUACUAUGUCUUGUCCAGCAUUUUUAUAAAACUGCAGUGUACCUCUUUACAUUUUAUAUUUCAUGGUCAGUCUUGUACUAGUGAAUGGAGUCAUGAAAAAGAUCUUUCUUAGUUUUCAUGAUUUUUAUUAGCAAAAUAUUAUGUUAUUUUCCAUUAAAAAAAAAGAGCAAGGCCAGAUUAAAUGAAUUUCUAGAUCCUCAUCCCUGUCUGCUUUAUUCCCACUCAGAUUUUUAAAAUUUAGAUUUUUGUCAUGUUAAUUGAUUAUUGUUUAAGAAUUGAAUGCUUCUUUUUGUAAUUUUAUUUGGGUCUAAAAGUGUUGACCAAAGCACAUUUCUAAAAAUGUGCACACAAUCAUCACUAUUACAACCCUUUAAAAUUACAAAAAGAAGCAUUCAAUUUUUAUGAUUAAAUUUUUAUACUACAAUCAUGAAAUUAUGAGAUAUAUCAAAUUUUACAUUUGUUUUCCUAUGCAUUGCAGUGACUUUUCACAGGAAGCACAUGCUGUCAUUAAUGUUGCAUUUUAAUGGGAAAUAAAAUCUAAUUUUGGAAUGCCUUUUGAUUGUUUUCAGCCAAUCAAAAUUAGGGAUCAUAUGAAACAUACAUGUAAUGUAAUUAUUCAUGUUUGAUAUGGAUAUGUUUAAAUCUGUCUAAAAAAAAAGCUUGUCUGCUUUUAUUUUCAUUGAUUGAAAAAUGUAAAAGUUACAUUUUAUGGCCUCAUUAAUAAUCACAAAUGGCAGUGUUAACAGGAAUUAAUUGAUAGUAUCAGCAAAGCAAAUAAAUCUUUAGACAUAUUGCUGUUUUGUAAAAUUUUAGUAGAAAGAAGAAGAAGAAAAAAGCUCAUUCUAUUCCGAAUCUCACAAUGCCCACGAAUUUCUUAAACUUUAAAUUUUACAAAGGUCUGUAAUUUGAAAUUGAUAAAAUGUAUAAAAAGAAAAGGUUAAGUUCUGUAUAAGCUUGAAUGGAGCAAAUGAAAUAAAUCUACUCAGAACAGUCAUAGGCACACAAAGUAAGAAAACUAAUGCAUUUUCAAAAAUUUUAAUUUUUUGAAUUACUAACAAACUUCAUUUUAUCUUCUUCAGAUUUCAUGGCAUUAAUAAUCCAUGGUCAAAGAUAUAUCAGAAUGACCUGUGCUUCUUUUCCUUUUUCUUUUUACUACUAUACUUGAUAUCUUUUACAUAAAAAUUUUCUUUAAAAAGGAGGUUGUGAAGCUUGAAAUUUGAGAUAAACAAUUACACAACAGUUUUGUAAGUGUUACUGGUUGCUCAUUACAAAAAAAUUAAAUGGAUGGAUAAGGUAUGAUGAAAGACAUUAUUUAAUUUGGCCCCUGAAAUUUCAAAAACAGUCAAAUUCUUUGAACUGUUCAAAAUUAUAGUAAUUGUACGAUCACUUUACAGUCUUUAAAUUCAUACCUCUCACUUGCUAUCGUUUAUUUACUUGUCGCACUGUGAUCACACACGAGAUUUAAAAAACACGAGCACUGAGAGGUUUGGUUUUAAUCAGACUGGUCACUUUUAUACAGAAAAGUUUUCUGUGAUAUAUAUAUAUUAAAACCUUGAUAUUUAUUCAGAUUUAUGCUUAAAAACUAAAUCCCUCUGUUUUCUUUCUGAAAGACCAUGUAAACAAAGUUUGAUACCUUUAUUGAAUAAAAAGUAGAAAUCAGCCAUCAUCAAGCAUUUUUAUACCUAUGCUUGCCUGCUGUAUAGGAUUGGAAACCAAUGAAAAGACUUACUUAAAUAAAUAAUUAAUUACCAGGUUCUUAGUUUGUAAAUCUCACUUCUCUCAAUGAUGCAUCUGUUUAUUAAAAUCAUGACAAAAAGUUUUAAUGUAGUCAAUUCAGGAGAAAUAGCAUCAUAUUUGCCAGUUGAAAGAACAUUUAAAUGUAUAUUAAGUUUUAUUUACUAAAAGCAUACAAUGGUGAAAUACUUGUCUAAAAUUUAGCAUAUUUUUUUUUAAUUUCUGACAGCAAUCAUGAAUUUAAUUUAUUUUAAUAAAAAAGAAAUUUUAGAAAGUUUUAUUUAUAGGAAAGAGGCAGCACUAAAUUUGCAAUUAUUCAUUCUUAAAACUAUAUAAAUUAUGUUUCUAUACCAACUCUGAUGAGGCUUGUUAAAAUAGGUCUUCUGUUAAGGAGUUGUAGCCAAAAAGGUAAUAGAAAGCUUUGUGGUUUCAUUGGAAUUGCAAAUUUGCAAAAAAAUGGAAAGCAUUCUUACUGCUUAAAUUUUAAUAUUAACAGUUAUUUAAUAUUAAAAUGUAUUCCUUUUUUCCCAAAUUAGGUGAAGUUAUCUUUAAUUAAUAGAUUAAUUCCCCCUUCCCCACCACACCACAUCACACACACACACGUACAAUUUUUUUUUAUGUCAGAUUGCACUGAACUAUUUUGAAACUAUGCAGUAUUGAUUUUUCUUCCUGAUUUAAUUGUGUGGUAGUUUUCAGAUAUACAGGUAUGUUUUGUAAUAGUUCAUGUCUUAUUCUAUCUACGUUUUAUGUAGUUAUAAGUUAGAACAGUCAUAACUGUACUGGUGCAUACCAUUCAAAAAUUUAGUGACAAAAGAAGAAAAAAACAAGUUUUUGUGUGCAUUCUGAUUUUAUUUAUUAGUAUUCCCACUUAAGAGUUGGGGCUAUAUUGCAUUCUCCUAAUCGGUCUGUUUGUCUAACAAAUAUUUCAAUCACAUUUUCUCAGGUACUGACAGAAUGACAUAUUUGGUCAGCAGCUUGACAAGUGAUGAAAGUUAACGCAUGGGCACUUUGUAGAUCUGUCAGAUACCUACUUCCUGUUAAAUGAUGCUUUGAAUUUUUAUAUAUGUUAAAUGAAAUUUUAGUCACCCAUUUCUCUAAUACUAUUGAACAGAAGACUUCAAAUUUGGUCAGCAGCUUAGCAGUAAUAAAUAGUAAUGUGUGAGUGCUUCUGGAAUCUGUCAGACACCUACUCCUGUUUUCAGAUGCUUUGAAUUACAAAGGUGGGCAUGUUUUCGCACAACAACAUGUGUAUUAUUUUUUCAACUGAAUUUUUGUUGUGCUAUUUGAAUAUCAUCUUACAACUAACUUUUAAACAGUUAUCAUUAUCAUGAAGCUACUGAAAGACGAUGUCCGGUCUCAAUUACCAUUCCAAGAUUUAGAAAAUUUAAUUGGAAAUGAGGAGACCAAACAGACUGAUUGAGUAAAGAAUAGCCCAGAAAGAUUCAGAAAAGAAUACCCCAGAGAUUUAACAAAAAGGGAAAUGAAAAGCAAGAAGACAUAAUUCAUAUAUAAUUCUAACAAAACUAAUGUUCACAAUUAUAUAGAAAUAUAAAGAUUUCAAAAUGCAGCUAUUGUAUAAUGCUUAGUUGGGUAAAUUAGGUUGUUUUUUCAUAAAAAUGCAUAUUAUCUAUCCUUGAAUUUUUUAUGUCUAUUAUACAUUACUUUUCUUUUUUGGGCUAUUCAGGAGGGGGGGGGGGAGAAAAGGGAGGCCUGCCAAGGGGGUAUUGUUGGAAGGCCCUUUUUCUCACAUCAACAACCUAUGCAGAUUUAGUAAGAAAUUAGGGUAUUUUCUUUCUCAUGGGUCAAAUGAAGUUCUGUACCUCAGCCAUACUACCCAUAUUUGUCAGGGCCUUUAAUCCCCCUCACCAACUCCCAGAGUUUUAUUCUGGACUACCUUGUGAUACCUGUACUCACAAACAAACUUUUUUUUAAAUCUUUUAGUUUUGAAAGUCACUUCCAUUAUGCAAUAAUAAUUAGAUAAGGAGAACAUUUGUCAACAAUUCCAACAAUGUUUGAUUGUUAUUCUACACAUAAAUAAAUUAGAUAACUAAAAUUGGCUUUGCUGCUUAAAACUUUAGGAUGUUCUUUCAACAGGUGAGUUAUGUUCAGCUUAAGUCCUGUCACCUGAAUGAUACCAUGAAAUAUGUUUACAAAUAAAAUACUAUUUUACAACA